GGCGGUGAUACACACAGAAAAAACGGUAAAUAGAGAGAGAGAGGGCAUUUCUCUCUAAAAGUAAAUUCAGGACCUUACAUUCAUGCCUCGCUCUCUCUUCCUCUUCCUCUUCCUCUUCCUCUUCCUUCUCGAACGCUGAGUCUCUCAGACUCGCCUUCCCUUUGAUUCUUUUCUGUCUUGGUUUAUGAGAAAGCAGAAGAAUUCCAGUUUUUAUUUUUUCCGACCUGAAGCAACCGUUGGUAGACGACUUCCGAAGAAGGGCGCCCUUGCAGCCCUUCUUUCACCAGGAAAUAGCUGAAGGUGCCGAAAGAGCUUAGUUCUUCUUUCGAUGAAACUGGGAAGCGGCAGCGUCCUUCCGUCUCACUUAUUUCGAGCAAUUGUGUGGACCUUUUGCUGCUGCAUGGUUCUAUUCUGUUAAUUGGUGUUUGUAGCAAAAGUCAUGGAUGACGGAAACAAACUUGAUGGAUGGCAGAGCUCAACGUCAGCAGUGGAUGUUGCUGAUGCCACAGUCCCUGAGGCUGUGGAUAAUGUGAAGGAGAGGUGUUGGGAUCAGAGGGAAGCUCUUCCGGGGGAGCCUCGAUGUGUUAUAUGUGGCCGCUAUGGUGAGUAUAUAUGUCACGAGACAGAUGAUGAUAUUUGCAGCUUGGAAUGUAAGCAGGCAGCUUUACACAGGACUGCCAACUCCCUGUUGCCAGCUGGUUGUUUGCCUGUUGUAAGACUACCGACAACUGAUGAGUGCUUUUAUGUUAGGGAUAUUGAUGAUAAAACCGAACCUGGAGGUUUGAGUAGUUAUCAGACUGAAUUUCUCAGAAGGAAAUUUGAAAUCUGUGUGAAAGGAGACUUUGUUCCAGACCCUGUAAUGUCAUUCUCUUCUUGCAAUCUGCCUCCAAAACUUCUGCAAAAUAUGGAUGCAUCUGGAUAUGAAAUGCCUACACCUGUCCAAAUGCAAGCAAUACCUGCUGCUUUGAUUGGAAAAAGUCUGCUUGUUUCUGCUGGCACGGGCUCAGGGAAAACGGGUUCCUUUCUGAUACCUGUAGUUUCUUUCUGUGUGAAAUUUCGUCCUGAGCGCACUUCAAACCAGAAGAAGCCGCUAGCAAUGGUUCUGACGCCAACUAGAGAGCUCUGUAUGCAGGUGGAAGAACAAGCGAAGUUGCUUGGAAAAGGAUUGCCCUUUAAAACUGCCCUUGUGGUUGGUGGUGACGCGAUGGCCAAACAAUUCCACCGCAUUGAACAAGGGGUGGAACUUAUUGUAGGAACUCCGGGCAGGCUUAUAGAUCUUUUAACAAAGCAUAACAUUGAAUUAGAUGAUGUUUCAAUUCUUGUUCUUGACGAGGUAGACUGCAUGCUUCAGAGGGGUUUCCGUGAUCAAGUAAUGCAAAUUUUCAGAGCUCUUUCACAACCACAGGUUUUGAUGUGUUCCGCAACUAUAUCACAGGAGGUUGAUAAGAUGGUAAAUUCAUUGGCAAAAGAUUUAGUUUUUGUUUCCGUGGGAAAGCCAAACAAACCAAGUAUGGCUGUUAAGCAAAUAGCUAUUUGGGUUGAGUCAAAGCAAAAAAAGAAAAAGCUUUUUGACAUUUUAAUGAGCAAGUGGCAUUUCACACCACCAGUUGUUGUGUUUGUGGGGUCGAGACUUGGAUCAGAUCUCCUUGCUGAAGCAAUAUCCUUCACCACUGGGAUGAAAGCCUUAUCAAUCCAUGGGGAAAAGCCCAUGCAGGAGAGGAGAGAAAUAAUGAGGUCAUUUUUGGCGGGGGAUGUACCUGUGAUUGUGGCCACUGGGGUUUUGGGUCGGGGAGUUGAUCUUUUGUUUGUAAGACAGGUUAUAGUGUUUGACAUGCCAAACUCCAUCAAAGAGUAUGUCCAUCAGAUUGGAAGGGCAUCCAGAUUGGGAGAGGAGGGUAGGGCAAUUUUGUUUGUGAAUGAGGAGAAUAAAACUAUUUUUCCAGAGUUGGUUGAACUAUUGAAGUCUUCUGGAGCUGCUAUUCCUCAGGAGCUUAAUUCACGGUGCACAACCAUAGGCAAGGGCCAGAAGAAAAGGAAGCUUGGUUGCUGAAAAUUUUGAAUUUUUUCUUUUAGCUUGCCUAUUUAUAGUUCAGCUUAUUACAAUUAUUUUAGAUCUUAUUAGAACAUGAAUGAGAGAAACUUGGGAAAAGAAUAUAUUCCACAGGCACGUUAUAUUGAUUGUGGCA